UUCUAACGAACCCUCUCGAAUUUCACUUCGUAUAUAUAAACUUCUCUUAUAAUCGCUUUAUUCUUCAAUCAACAUUUCUAAAUCAGAAAAAGCGCGUUUCCGUAAAAAAGUGCGUUUCCUUGAAGAUUGGAGAUUCGUAAUUAGAACAACGAUCGCUCGCUGAUUACGUCCGUCGUGAAGAGUUGAAAGUUCGUUGUUCCGUUACAAUUCAAUUUAAUUUCCGUUUGUUCGUUUUUUACACUUUCUUGAUUUGGACUGUGAAAUCGUUUGAUAUUGACUGAGUGCGUGCGAUUUUAUAUGAUCAUUGCGUUUUCUGUGAGUUUCAGCUUCUUUGGAUUCGGUUCUGUUGUGAGAUUAGGUAACGUAGUUUGGUUUUAUUAUUAACAUUGUUAUUAUGAUUUAGAUUAGAAGCUGUUUUUGGUUGAAUUUUUAUUGAAGUUUUGCAUAUUCUGAUGUGUUGAUGUUGUUCUUUGUGAAUUCUGUGCAAUUUUGAAAUUUACCUGUUUGUUGAAGUUUUGUUUUGUUUUGUUUGCUGUGGUUUUUGUUUGUUUUACUUCAUAUCAUGUUAUGUUUACGAGGUGUUUGAGGGUGUUUACUAUAAAGCACCGACACAGACACCAGACACGGCACGGAUCAGUGAUCAGAAGUGUAUAACAUGGUUCAUUGCUAUAAGGGUAUCAAGAGGUCUUGGUUUGGAGGCAAUGAGUUUUUGUCUUUUAGUAGUGAUCGAUGGUGUCAUUGAUUAGCUUGUAUUGAAAAUUGAAAUAAGAGUCCGCUCUGGAAAAGAAGUACUAAGGUUAAGCAUUUAAUUAUGACCCAGAUGGGAUAAACAACUUAAUUAAGCCCUUACCAUGAUAAGCGAUUAUCUUAUAAAGUACAAGUUAUUUCUAUAACAAAAGAUGAUAUGAAGUUGAAAGUUGAAUCAUAUUGAACACAUGAUUUUAAAUUGUUGCGGAGUUGAAUCAUAUUGAACUCAUGGUUUCAAAUUGUUGCGGUUUAGACUUUAGAGCCCGUAAUUGUGAUACGAAGACAUCGAAAACCUUGAUGUCUCACAGUCACUGCGGUUUUUGCAAGAAUUCUGUCAAGUUAUGACUCAAAAUUCUAGACCUGGUCCUGUUCCUAUCACAGGCCUCUAGUGGUUUGUGUUGUAAAGUAAUUACAUAUUUGCACACAAUUUUUCCAGUUACAUAGAUGAAUAACGUUAGGGAAAUAAUAUUAAUUGAUAUGUGAGAGCAAAAUUUUUGGGAGACUCAAGGGAGAUUAAUUAUUAUAUCAGUUUAGGUUAUAGGUAGAUAAGUCUUUCACAGGGCAUCUGAAGUGGAACUACCCAGUUGUAGAAUGCUUAUGCUGCAGAGAUAUGAGUCUGUAAUUUUUGGAGGGAAGCAUGACCAAACAGCACCAGCAAUUUUGUUUCAGAUUUUGAUCCAUCUCCAACCGCAGGAAGCAAAAAAAAAAAAAUUCCUCCUUUUAAUGCCUUCCCCAUCUGUAUUUCUGCAGUUGCAUCAAAAAGAAUCUCAACAACAUAGACAGCUAUGUUUUUUGUCCAUGCUGUCUUAUUUCGUCAAGCUUGGACUAAGAGUUUGAAGCCAAUUUUGAAGUUGUUGGAGCUUCGUAUGGGUGGGAUAUCUUUUUUGCAUAAUUCAUAGAAACUAUCCAUUUGUUUUUAUUUGUCGGACAGCAAGAGGAAUGGAUUUGAUGCUAGUUUGGAUCGCAUAUAAUUAUUCUCUAGUCUCUUGUAUACAUGCCGGUUUUUGCUUCCUGCUUCCAACAGUCGUUUUCUCUACAUUGGAAGACAACCCUGCUGCAAACCUUCUAUGACAUAAGGAUUCUUUUAACCUAGUCCCUGAAGUAGUGCGAAUGUUCAAUUUGUUAGUGAACACAGUUCACUUUGAAGUGACUUAGCUAUUAAUAAGAAAAGUGUUAUAGUGUCCCAAGCGAUUUUACCAUGGUACAGACUAUAUGGAGUGACAAUAUAUAUGCUUUUGGUAAGUUUCGGUCUCUGGAGGAAUCAACGCUGAACUGCAUUUUAAGGUUGAAGUUUCUAAUGGUUUGGUCCACUAUAGUUGGAUUUUGUUCUGGGAGUUCUUCAAGGAAUCAAGUGGUCGUUCAAUGCUAAUUGUAUUUACUGCCGAAGGCUGUGAAAAACCCCACUGCUACAUUCUAAUAUGUGGAAUUCUUGUAUGUACACUUGUCUUGUUGUGUUCCUCUCUUGGGGUAGUGGUGAUCGGAGCCUCAUAAUACGAUUUUGUGUUGCUGAUUACAAUUGGCCUGCGGCAGUAUGCAAGAAAUCAACAAUGUGUUUGGUGUUUACCUGGCUUGAUGGGGUGACUAAAUAUGACUUGUAGAUGUUUUAGGAUUAUUUCUAAAUUUGUUCGUACAUGCAGGUCCUUAAGCUUACUGCCUAUUUCUAGAUCUAGUUGAUAAUCUUAUUUGAGGAUAGCUUGUAUCAUGGGCGAGGUGGCAGUGUUGCAUUCUGAGCCUCUGCAAUUUGAAUGCAAUGACAAGAAACAUAUGACCGAAGAAGGCGUUUAUCCUCCAAAAUCAAAUCCGGAAUCCUUGCCUGGAGAAGAAUCAAGUACAUAUGAUUUGCAGGAGAAGGGAUAUAUGGAACAUGGAUGCCAACACUACCGGAGAAGAUGCCGAAUCAGGGCCCCCUGUUGCAAUGAGAUUUUUGAUUGCCGCCAUUGUCACAAUGAGGCAAAAAAUGAUAUCAACGUAGAUUAUAAGCAUAGACACGACAUGCCUCGACACCAAGUCAAACAGGUGAUAUGUUCACUUUGUGGUGCUGAACAAGAGGUCGAUGUAAAUAUCGGUUUGAGAAGAGUUGAAUCUUUAUUAUCUGCAAUCUGUAAUGAAGAAAGAAAAUCUCUCUGCAUAGAUUAUAUACAUGCACAGCAAAAUUGCGUUAAUUGUGGUGUUUGCAUGGGCAAGUACUUUUGUGAUACAUGCAAGCUCUACGACGAUGAUAUAUCUAAGCAGCAGUACCAUUGUAAUGGCUGUGGAAUUUGCAGAACUGGCGGACAAGAGAAUUUCUUCCAUUGUAAUAAGUGUGGUUGUUGCUACUCAACUCUGCUGAGAGACAGUCACCCCUGUGUGGAAGGAGCAAUGCAUCAUGAUUGCCCUGUUUGUUUUGAGUAUUUGUUUGAAUCAAGAAAUGAUGUCAUUGUUAUGCCGUGCGGACAUACAAUCCAUAAAAGCUGUCUGAAUGAAAUGAGAGAACAUUUCCAGUUCACAUGCCCUCUCUGUUCAAAGUCGGUCUGUGAUAUGUCAAAGGUUUGGGAGAAAUUGGACAUGGAGAUUUCCGCUACACCAAUGCCUGAGCCAUAUCAAAACAAAAUGGUUUGGAUCCUGUGCAAUGAUUGUGGAAAAACCUCUAAUGUCCGGUUCCAUUUUGUAGCGCAAAAAUGCCUCAACUGCAAUUCCUACAACACACGACAAACACGAGGCUGAACGCAUGACACUAAUUAUGUAUUGGUUCAAUGAAAUGGAAGUUUCCAUUUCAUCUCAUUUUAUUUGUCAUGAAGGCAGUGGUACUUGAUGCUGUUGUCUCUUGGCUACAAGGAUGAUGUACACUUGGAAUUUCAACGCGCCUAGACACAUUGGAAUAGUGAUUGUUCAGUUUGAUUUUAGGUUGGGGAGUAAUCUGUUGUUUGAUGGAUUCGGGUUAGGGCAAGUAGUUGAAAUUUCGUGGCUUUCAUUAAUGUAUUAAUGUGAAAUAUUUUCAAUUAUUUGAACUAUAUGCAAUUAUACAGUAUCUUUGCACUUUCAACUAUAUGCAAAUUUGCUGC